AUGUUUUUGGACAAAGACGAAUCGGCAGUCAUCUCGGAUGACAUCACAGUGAAGGGUACUGAGAUCACCGAGAUCCCCAGUACGUUCGAAGAGUUGAAGGAACUCAAUUGGGCUCAAAUUACCAGAUACAUGGAAACCAAUCCGAAAACUAAAGCAUAUAGGGCUCUGAGGAAUGAGAUUGCAAGAGAGGUAGAUAAAGUAAUGAUAAGUCGACAUAGUCAUUCUUACAGGGGGAUAUAUCAUAUAGCCGAGAGUAAAAAAGAUACAUUCAUAUCCGCCUGGACAGAGGCACUUGUGGGACAAUUCAAAGAAGAUAUGACCGCGAUGCAGAGAUGUCUUUCCUCCAAGUCCAUCUGGCCAGAGCUCAAAGAUCCCAUGAGAAAAUAUUACAAAGAUCAAGUUGAUAGUAUGAUCAAGUCUAUGACCUCAGGACAAGUACAAGUCCCCAAUACGGCUGUUUUCAAUUUCGAUACUAACGAGGGGAAUUUCGUCGUGAAGACCCGUGUGACUGGAUUUGAAAGUAUGGAGCAAAUCGCCCAACAUAUACUGGAUUACCAGAAGACCUGGGCGGAGGCUGCCAAACAUGUGGCUUGUCGGGACUCUUCAGAAGUUCUUGCUGCACCGGUGGUAACGGAUAAGGGACUGACUCCUCAGUAA